AUGGAAAAUAGCAGCACUGAAAUUGGGGCACAAUCGCAACAAUCACAUCAACAACAGCAACAUCAACAGCAACAUCAACAACAAUAUGGAGAAGUAAAUCAAUUAGGCGGUGUAUUCGUCAAUGGAAGACCACUUCCCAAUGCUGUCAGAUUGAGAAUAGUCGAACUUGCACAAUUGGGUAUUAGACCAUGCGAUAUCUCGCGACAACUACGUGUCAGUCACGGGUGUGUCAGUAAGAUACUGGCACGCUAUCAUGAAACGGGUAGUAUUCUGCCGGGCGCGAUUGGUGGCAGCAAACCACGUGUAACCACACCGAAAGUCGUGCAAUAUAUUAAACAAUUAAAAUUAAAAGAUCCAGGGAUCUUUGCCUGGGAGAUCAGGGAUCGACUAUUAUCUGACGGUGUUUGCGACAAAUAUAACGUCCCAUCAGUGUCGAGUAUAUCAAGGAUAUUGAGAAAUAAAGUUGGCACAACGACAACUAUGCAUCAUCAUCCACAUCAUUCAGCUCACCAUCAUCAUCAUCAUCAUCAUCUUUAUGCAGCCGCCGCAGCGGCUGGUGCAGCCCUUUGUCCAGUGCCGUAUCCACCAACACCUUAUCAUCCAACAGCACCGCCUUCCAUCACACAUCAUCAUCAUCAAGUUGGACCAUCGUCAGCGAGUAAACUGUCAUCAUCGUCACCUUCAGCAGUACAUGAUAAUGGUGGACAUCAAACAGCGACCAACAACGUUUUGCAGUGGCCGAGUCCUCACACUGUACACGACAUUCUGGCUAAUAGUUGUAAUGUACAAAACUCCUCGUCAUCCUCUUCACCAACUUCAUCACUAUGUUCUACGAUCAAUAAUAAUAAUCAUCAUCACAACCGUCAUGAGAACAGUUCUGUUCACAACAAUAAUAACAACAGUAAUAAUGAAAAUAACAAUGAUCAUAGAAUAUCGAGUGGGUAUCUUCACCACCAUCAUCCGCAUCUGGCACAUCAUCAACAGUAUUAUGCCUCAGCACUCUAUCAUCAUCAUCAUCAUCAUCAUCAUACAAAUGCCGUGACGACAGCCAGCAUAUCAUCUACGCUCUCUGUACAAUCCAUUAUGUUGCAGUCAGGAACAACAAGCCAGCCAGCCAGCCCUUGCAAUUAGAUGAAAUAAUAUAUAUUAUUUUAUGCAUCAGGAAUAAUAGAUAAUCAAAUAAUCAGUGUUUUUAUUUUCUGUAUGCAAAUGAAUUUCUUAAAUAUAUUUUUACGCAUUAUAGUAUUAGAAUGAGGCUUUUUACAUUAAAAUAUAG